AAAAAUGCUCAAAAAACUAUAUUUAAAAAAAAACUACAAUUUAGCACAAUGAAAUGGUAACAUUAAUAUGGAGCUUACUGUACUUGAUUUAUAUCAGCUGACGUUUGUAAAUAACAGGUUUGGCGCGCAAUCUCAACUAAUUUGUUUGUGAUGAAAUUUCGUGCCUUAAUUUUUAGUGUGCAAAAUAUAAAUUUGUUUGAAAAAAUAUAUUUAUGCCGUUGCAAAAAUGUCUACACGCAGUUGUGUGCCGAUGCAGCAAAAGUAUAAUCGUGUAGUUGUGCUAGUGGACAUGGAUUGUUUCUUUUGUCAAGUGGAGGAGAAACUUAAUCCGCAGCUUAAAGGACAGCCGCUGGCCGUAGUGCAGUAUAAUGCAUGGCGUGGUGGCGGCAUAAUUGCUGUUAACUACGCUGCGCGUGCCAAAGGUGUAACGCGCCAUAUGCGCGGUGAUGAGGCGAAGGAACGUUGCCCGGAAAUACAAUUGGUUAAAGUGCCAAAUAUACGGGAAAAAGCCGAUUUGGGCAAGUAUCGUGAGGCAGGCAAAGAAGUGGCGAAUGUGCUACAACGUUUUACACCAUUGUUGGGGCGCGCUUCGGUCGAUGAGGCUUACUUAGAUAUAACGGAAGAGGUUAAUAAACGCUUAGGUGACAUGAAUGCGGGUUCAUUUAUGCUCCAACCGCAAGCGCUUAUAAAUACCUAUGCUGUAGGCUAUGCUGGCAUUGGUGAUUAUUUAAAUGUAAUCACAAAACGUUUUAAUGAGCCUAAUGCGGAUGAUUUAGAUGCCGAUUAUGGUUGCUAUGCACAAGCACAUGAUGAUGCCGAUAUGGCGAUUGUACGUCAAAGUGAUAUUCGCUUGCUCAUAGGCGCAGCGGUGGCAAGUGAAGUGCGUGCUGCUGUUAAAGCCGAAACAGACUAUGAAUGUUCCGCUGGAAUUGCGCACAAUAAAAUUCUUGCAAAAUUGGCUUGCGGCAUUAAUAAGCCGAAUAAGCAGACCAUCUUGCCGUUGGCACAGAUACCCCAGUUAUUCGAAACAUUACCACUUACCAAAAUACAAGGAUUAGGUGGAAAAUUUGGCGAAAACAUAUGCACAAGUUUGAAUAUACGCUUUCUAGCAGAGCUAUUGCCAUUUUCUGAGCAAGAGUUGCAACGGAAAUUCGAUGAGAAAAAUGGCACUUGGUUAUAUAAUAUUUGCCGCGGCAUUGAUUUGGAAGCGGUAACGCCGCGUUUUUAUUCCAAAAGUAUCGGUUGUUGCAAGAAAUUUCCCGGACGCAAUAAUAUAACUGGUCUAAAUACACUGCGUCAUUGGCUGGGCGAGUUGGCUAACGAAAUUUGCGAACGCAUGGAAAAAGAUAUGCUGGAGAAUAACCGGCGUGCCAAGCAAAUGGUGCUCAGCUUUGUGCAAGAAUUCGAUGGCGAAGAGAUAUCUAGCUCACGUUCAGUGCCGCUUAAGGGUUACGAGCAGGAGACAUUAACCAAAAGCAGCUUGGAAGUGCUGCAGACACAUACGAAACAGUUUUUCAAAACCGGCAGCACGCUAGCUUUAAACAAUCCCAUUAAAUUUUUGGGUAUUAGUGUGGGCAAGUUUGAAACAAUACAAAGUGGACAAAAUAAAUUGCAGGAAAUGUUUGCCAAUAUGGCAACUAAGAAGAAAAACGAAGCGGACCAUGCGUCGACACAAGCUAAUGCAAUCACCGAUAAGAACACACAAGUUAACGUAGAACCUGCUGCACAAAAACCAACAUUUAUGCAAAAUUUCUUGCAACGUGACGCUAAAACAAAUAACUCAACUAUUUCAAAAGCUAAUAACAGUACAAGUGAAGUGGAUAGAAAUUCAACAGUAAGCGAUGCAGAGCAAACUGCUGUAAAUUUAACAAGUAUUACUGAAAAUAACUCAAAGCCAACAGAAGUACGCAGCUUCUUUCUUAAUGCUUUAAAGCAGCAGAAAUCUAAGGAGAAUACAUGCACGUCAACUACCGCUAUUGUUGCAGCUGAAAACAAUAUGCGCAUCAAUAAUAAUGUAGAAGAGCCAGAAGCUGAUAUUUCCAAAAGUUUCUUCGCAAAGUUCUUGAAAAAGUCGGAUAUACAAGCAAAUAAUAUGACAAAAGUAGCACAAGAAAACACGAAUCAACGCGCAAACAUCGCAAACUAUAAGGCAACCUGCCAAAGCAACAGUAUAAUAGAAACCGUUACUACAACAACAACAACAACAACCAAUGUAAUAGAUUCAUCGCUUGAACCAGAACAACCAAUUCACGAGGCAACGGCCAUAACCAAUGCAUUAGCGACAACAGAAACCACUUACAAUAACAAUGCAACAACAAAUAAACGCAAAUAUACCGUUUUGCUCGACAACACCUCGCCAACUCCUAAAUCACUAAAACAUGAGUUACCAGUAACGGUGACGCGUACGCCUUCACCAACUUAUGAAGCAAGUUAUGCUGAAUUUGCGGUGCCUGAAUUGCGUCCAGAAUUCAUACAGAUGACAAAAUGUGCUACUUGCAAAGCUAAUAUACCAGGCGAUGCACGUUCCAUGCAAUUGCAUCAGGACCACCACUUGGCCAUGCAGCUUAGCCAACAAAUACGUGACGAAUAUCGCACGGCGGUCAAAACUAAACUCAAUGCUCAAAAGUCCACAGCAAUUACAGCGGUUAACAACAAAAAAUCCAAAAAGUCACCAGUGCAAGCAACAAAAGCCGCCAACAACAGCAUAACCAAAUUUCUAAAACCCAAUAUUGCUAGUACAACAACAACUGCCGCAAAUGCAACUUCAGUUGUUGUCGAGUCAGCGCCUGCUGUUGUGGUAAUAGAUCUUCUAGAUGCCUCUCUGCAGGAUGCAGUGGUUUGUGAAGAGUGUCACGUGUCCAUAGCCACAAGUGAGCUGCAAGCGCAUAAAGAUUUUCAUGUUGCCAAAGCUUUGCAACGUCAACUCAACAUGUUGGAAGUGCGCACUGUGUCGGUGGCGAAAAAGCCAAAUGCACUUAGUAAUAAUAAUAGCUUGCAUUUAAGUCCUGCGAGUGUUAAAAAUGCGAAAUCAAUAACGCAAUUCUUUUCACAAUCAAAUUGUUAGUCAAAUAAAUAUAUACAUACCUACACACAUACAUACAUACAUAAGUGUUCCAAGUAAGCCAGUAUAAGUGUUCUAAGUAAGCAAGUAAAUAUCUAUGAAUUAAGGUCAUCAUUAAGAUUAUCAUAUGCCGUGUGUGGAGCCUUUCAAAUACACACACUCAUUUCAAUUUUUACUACUAUUACUACCAUACAAAAAGCAUAA